AUGACUCUGUCCCGGACCCUGAGCUCCCGCCUCGAAGCCAGUGAUAUAAUGCUGGCUCCCUUCCACAGCAUGGAUCAGUGCUCGCUGAGCUGGUACAACCUCUUAUUUACAGUGAAAUGGGUACAGGAGCCCCUGCAGGUGGUUCCUGCAGUGCCCGGGGGGACAAGCCUCAUGUAUGUCCCGCUAAACGAGAAGCUCCUUGAGUGCAAGGCUGAUGUUGAGUUCACAUCAGUAUCUACUGGGGCACUCAGCGUAAAGCUUGCCCGUAGCACAUGUUUGCUGCAGGAGGAUAUUCGGAACCUUCUGAAGGACUUCAGCCCGCUCCACGUCCACAAAGUCCAGAGUGGCUGCAAAUGUUUUGCAUUCGUGGAUCUGGGCUCCGUGCAGAAAGUGGCGCUGGCAGUGCAGGAGCUGAACGGGAGGUUCUUCCACAAACGAAAACUGUACGUGAAUUCCAAUAGAAGUUGUCCCAAGACGACCCCUGACAUGGCCGAAAGGCCCCGGGAGCUGCCGAAGGCUCCCGGUCCAGGAUCGGCCAGAAUCACCGCUUGUACACGGUUCAUCCCUAAAACUCACAGUGACGCCUGGAAGCCAGAGACACCUAGGACCGCCGGCGUCUUUGCAGUUCCCAUGGAAAUGAGGGGACCCUUCCUGGUGCUGCUGCUGAGGGAAUGCUUCCAAGACCUGAACUGGCUGGCCACCGUCUGGAACGUCGGCGGGGAGGUCGGGCUGCUCGUGACCAGUGUCGUCCCUCAGACUCCGUUCUUCUGGGCCAUGCACAUCACAGAGACCCUGCAGGAGAACAUGCAGACGCUGUUUGGUGCCCUGGCCGUGGCUGAGGAGCAACAGCCCUACCUGCAGCCUUCAGUCGUGCAGCGUGGGACCCGUGGCCUGGCUGAGCAUCACCUGGGCGACUACGGGUGGGCCUGGAACAGGUGCUGGGUGGUGGACCGUGUGGACAGCUGGGCCGUGGUCAUGUUCAUCGAUUUUGGCCAGUUGGCCACCAUCCCGGUGCAGUCCCUGCGCAGCCUGGACAGUGACGACUUCUGGGCCAUCCCCCCUCUGACUCAGCCCUUCAUGCUGGAGGAAGGCAUUUUGAGUUCAUGUCAGGUGAUCAACCGCAUCCUCAAGGGGAAAAUCACUGGUACUUUGAACUUGGAGUCGCACAUCCUGAAGUUUGAAGAGUUUAAAUAACGUGGCUCCCACCGGCAUGUUCCCUGCCCUCUCGUCUCCCUUCCGCUCUCGAGGCCUUGCGGUGACAAAGGCCACACUGGUGCCCCCGGGAUCGAUUUCAUUCCCAUUUGCUUUUACCCUUAGCUCGCCUCUCAGAAAAGAGUGAAGUCUGUUUGUCAUGUGUGUCCCGUUCCCCACUCAGCAUGACCACUGGAACCAAACACAGGCAGCUCCCACGCGGUCGAAAGCCUCAGGUGGCUGUGUAUGUCUCUCCUGAUGCCAGGUGCUGGGGAAUGGAGGGGCCCACUGCUUCGUUCUCCUGGCAUUCCUGGCAUCAUAGAAUCAGGUGGGAGCAUUUCAGCAGUGAGCCAGCACCGUGGUGAAUAAAUGUUGGCAUGUUGCACGA